AUGGGACGGCUCAACCGGAGUGAUACCACGGCCUUACAGAACACCGACGUGAAGCAACGCUUGCGUUGUGUUUCAUCGUGGGUCGAUGACACGCACAAGUUUCUUGGAAACGACACACAUACAGAUUACUUCAGAUUAUUAUUAAGGGAUGGAAAUUAUCUCCUAGUCGGUGGCAGGAACGUGGUGUACAACCUCAGUCUCACAGACCUGACGGAGCAGCGUCGGCUGGUCUGGUACUCACCAGAGAAUGACGUCAAGAUGUGCGUCGUCAAAGGAAAGGACGAGGAGAGCUGCCAAAACUACAUACGAGUGCUGGUCUCCCUCGGUCCUGGUAGACUACUGGUCUGCGGCACCAACAGCUUCAGACCGUUCUGUAGAGAAUACAGCGUCCAACGAGACUCCUACCACAUGGAGAGAGAAAAAUCAGGCCAAGCUGUUUGCCCCUACGACCCUGAACAUAAUUCCACCGCCGUUUAUGCGGACGGAGAGUUGUAUUCAGGAACAGUGGCCGACUUCAGUGGUAUGGAGCCGAUCAUAUAUCGAGAGCCUUUACAAACGGAGCCGUACGACUCAAUGACGUUAAAUGCUCCGGACUUCGUGAAUUCGUUAGUACAUGGAAACUUCGUGUACUUCUUCUUUAGAGAAACGGCUGUUGAAUAUAUUAAUUGCGGGAAGGCUGUAUACUCCCGCGUAGCUCGAGUGUGUCGUGACGACCGCGGCGGACCUCAUCGGUUCAAGCAACGAUGGACUUCCUUCCUGAAGUCCAGGCUCAAUUGCUCCGUCGCUGGAGACUUCCCCUUCUACUUUAAUGAAAUACAGUCCACAACGGAGUUAAUAGAAGGAGUAUACGGAGGUCUAAAUGCGCAGUUAAUAUACGGAACAUUCACGACCCCGCCCAACAGUAUAUCGGGUAGUGCUGUCUGCGCGUUCAGCAUGCAAGACAUAGCUGACACCUUCGAAGGAACAUUCAAAGAACAAAGCGCGAUCAACUCUAAUUGGUUGCCUGUUAAUAGUGCAAAAGUACCAGAGCCCCGGCCAGGAACAUGUCAUAAUGACUCAAGGCAGCUUCCAGACCAGACGCUAAACUUCAUCAAGACACACGCACUAAUGGACGAGUCUGUGCCAGCUUUCUUCGGAGAACCCAUCGUCAUACGGACUAGUUUUCACUAUCGAUUUACACAGAUAGCUGUAGAUCCACAAGUGAAGACACCUGGUGGGAAAGCAUAUGAUGUCUUAUUCAUUGGCACAGAUAACGGCAAAAUCAUUAAAGCUAUCAACGCAGUUUCCUAUGACUCCAACAAACGCGCAGUGCCGGUCGUCAUCGAGGAGUUACAGGCAUUCGCAGCUGGUUCUCCAGUCAGAGCACUAAGGGUAGCGCGAGCUGGUCGUGAUGCGGCCCGCCUGAUCGCUGUAUCAGAUAGACAAGUCCUCAGUUUGAGGCUGCAUCGGUGUUCCAGUGAUAAGAUUAGUUCUUGCUCCGAAUGUGUGGCGUUACAAGACCCGUACUGUGCGUGGGACAAACAAGCGGGUCGAUGUCGCGCCUUCUCUCACGGCGUCAGCAGAUGGCUGGACGAGAACUCUUUCUACCAGAGCGUCAGCACCGGCAGCCAUGCUGCCUGCCCUCACAGUAAAGACGCUGGGGCAGUAGGAGGUCUCAGUUCAGGUCUAUACGAUGACGCCAGAGGUGAGACGAAGGGAGAAGUCAUCAACAUCGUACAAGACAAAGACGGGAAAGGAGGAGGUGGAGGUAACGAAGGUCCUGAAGUUCUUGCGGCGGACCCUCCACCAGCAGCAUAUUCAGUAGAAACUCUAGCAUUAGCAGUAGCAGCUGGUGCUCUAGCAGCGUUAGGCGCUGGAUUCGCUGCUGGUACAUUUGCGGCAGAAGGUGUAAGAAGGACGACGAUGACAAUAUGCCUUACCCUGAUACUGAGUAUGAAUACUUUGAACAAAGGCAGAAUAUUAAUAGGUUUGAUUCAAGCAGAACCUAAGCUCCUGCAGCAAGUAGAAGAAGUGACGUAUGCUGAGCCAGUGCUAGCCCCUCAGCCGAAGCCUGCGUCUCCCCGCGCCACGCUGCGCAAGCACCCCCCAUACCACCCCCACCACGAGACGCUGUUCCAGUUCCAGCCCGACGCAUACCGUCGUGAUAACUUCGGAACUCUUCGCUCUCAUCAGGUCAAUGUCAUGUCGCAGCGCAGCAGCGGCUCGGGGUCAGCGUCGGCGAGUGGCGGCGGAUCGUCGUCGUCUCCGUCGCCGCCGUCCUCGUCGCCGUCCCCGUCGGGCGAGCGGCCCCCCACGCCGCCGCCGCCCGCGCCGCAGCCCUGCGCCUACAUCUACCGCAACUAG